UUCGAUGUGUUUCACGAAGAGAGCGUCAGAAUAACUUUUGAUGGACGAGUGAUAGUAUCGUUCAAUGUCACUUUGAAUAAUUAUUAUUUAAAAAAAGAUCAUUCGGAUAAUCAGCAAUAAGAUUGUAACUAAAUCCUUAUAGAUGAUUUUUAAUUGAUAGAACAAAAUCAAUAAAAAAGAAAAUCUCAAGAUGCCUACGACAUUAGAACUACUGUUAGCAUUAACUGCAAUUAUCGUAGCAUUGUACUACUACUUUAUAUCGAAUUACAAUUUUUGGAAAGAACGUGGCGUGGCAGGACCAAAACCAAAAGUGAUUGUAGGAAAUAUUGGAAGAGUUUUGAUAGGAAAUAUUUCUAUGGGAGAUUAUUUGAAAGAACUUUAUGAUGAUCCUAAAUUCAAGAAUGAACCGAUGAUCGGAAUUUAUGCAAAAUCAUCGCCUGUUUUAAUUCUUAAAGAUCUGGAGAUGAUUAAGCAUGUUCUUAUCAAAGAUUUUUCUAAGAUAUCUGAUCGUGGAGUUACAACAUCUGCCAAGGCUGAACCAUUAUCGCAACAUCUUUUUUCUUUGGAACCGAAAAGAUGGCGACCAUUAAGAACCCGACUUUCUCCAGUUUUUACUUCGGGUAAAUUAAAGGAGAUGUUUGGUUUAUUAACAGAAUGUGCUGAUCAUUACGAAAAUUAUCUUGACAGAAUCAUUGACAGAGGUGAACCGAUAGAUUGUCAUGAAUUAACAGCUAAAUUUACUACCGAUGUUAUCGGAAGUUGUGCAUUUGGAUUAGAAAUGAAUGCAAUAGGUGAUGAAGACAGCGAGUUUCGUAAAAUGGGAAGAUCAGUUUUUGAAGUUAGUCUUUAUAAUAUAUUGAGAAAUCGACUUAGAAAUUCGGCACCAUGGCUAUUCGAGAUUUUAAUUAAUUUUAUGCCACGAGACAGGGUUACGACAUUUUUUAAAGGAUCUAUAGUAAAUACUAUUAAAUAUAGGGAAGAUAAUAAGAUCUGUAGAAAUGAUUUUGUUAAUCUUUUAAUGGAAUUGAAAAAAAAUCCAGAAAAAUUAAACGGCAUUGAAUUAACGGACGAUCUUCUCGCUGCUCAAGCUUUUGUAUUUUUCCUCGCGGGCUUUGAAACUUCAUCAACAACGAUGACUCAUGCUCUUUAUGAAUUGGCUUUAAAUCCUACGAUGCAAGAUAAAUUGAGACAAGAGAUUAAUAAAUUUUAUGAACAAAAUGGAGAAAAAUUGCAAUAUGAAGGUAUAAAAGAAAUGGUUUAUUUGGAUCAAAUAUUUCGUGAAACUUUGAGGAAAUAUCCACCAGUAACAUUUCUUAUGAGAAAAACAAUGACGGAUUAUACGUUUGAAAAUACAAAAGUUACAAUACCAAAAGAUAUUCGAAUUUGGAUACCAAUUUAUGCGAUUCAACGAGAUCCAGAAAUUUUCUCAUCACCGGAUGUCUUUAAACCUGAGAGAUUUAACGAUGAAACGGAUAAAACGAGACACGCGAUGUCUUAUUUGCCUUUUGGAGAUGGUCCACGAAAUUGCAUUGGAUCCAGAUUUGCCGUUUAUCAAUCUAAAGUAGGAUUGAUCAAAACUCUGAGAAAAUUCAAAGUCGAAAUUUGCGAUAAAACGCCUAUUCCUUACAAAAAUAAUGCCCAUUCGUUUAUUUUGUCGCCAACUGAGAAAAUAUAUCUCAAAUUUACAAGAGUCAAUUAGAAAAUUAUAUUUAAAUUUUGUAUUUUUAGAUUGAAAAAAAAAAAAAAGAACAAAACGUAGAAUUUUCUCAAGAGAUAAUACGCACAUAUUUUCAAUUUGAACUUUUAUUCUAUUGAGAUUUGUUUAAAAGAUCAAGAGACUAAUGUAAUUAUUAUAUAUUUUAUUUAUUUAUCAUUAAGAUUGAUUUGAGAAUAAUGGCAGCUAUCGUAAAUCAACUUUGAAAGUUACACAGAAGCAUACAGGAAAAAAGAAAAAGAACCAAUAAUAAUCACGUAAAUAAGAAUAAUGCACUAUCGGUUGUUCGAGUUAUUUCAAAGGUCACAUAAACUCAAUACAUGAAGAAUCUUCGAGGGAUAAACAUCAUUGGCUCUUCAAUAUUAAUUCGAACGUACAAUAUUAUCUCGAAAACGUUUUAAAUA